AUGCCGCUUCGACGGACCUCGGGCCACAAUUUCAGCUCGACAACCAGCCGCAUCCGUUCUUCAGACAUACAACACACCGACAAUCCAUCACUGCAUGAUGCCUCAAACCUCAGCAGCGGUUACUCUCGUCCAGAGUCGCUCGUCGGCGAGCAGAAGGUCGUCACAUCAAUAGUAUCGCGUCUCGUCAACAAGUUGCCAUGCAACUCUGGCAUCAAGUUGGCGAUGAUGGAGAUAGAUGAAGGCGUCAAGACGACUGUUGAGAGUCUCCUCCAGAUCUCAAGAAUCCGGUUACCGCUUGUCGUGCAUGCCCUUGCGAGCUCGCUGGAGACUCUGUCCAAGUACUCGGGAACAGGCGCCCUUGUCGAUGCCCCUCUCGACACCAUCCACUCCCAACUAUAUCUUCUCCAAAUCCUUGUCCAAUGCCUCUCAGAGUCCUGGAACCUAAACGCGAACGCAGCCAACCCCCCACACUCCGAGCUGCCCGCAUGCUGGCCCGACCCACCACCACUGGAUGACCACUUGGCGCGUCACCUGCUUGGCGUACUCGUCAUCUACAUCCGGAUGCUCUCCCAAGAGAGCUCACAUAGCAGCUCAGCAGGAGCGCUGCCUCAGCUGUCCAACCGCGAUGGCAAGUCCCCGAGCACCACUUCUGUUGCUGCCUGGGGCGCUCAGAUCAACACGCCCGGCGCGAGCUCAUUUUCUCUGGGAGCCAACUUCAUCCAGGGUCACUCGUAUCCGUCCGCGCCGACGGCACGACCGCCAGGCAUACCUGAGCACGCCAAGUUGCUGGCACCCACUGCGUCGUCCCACGCGUCGGCGAUCACCCAGUUGACAAAGAGGACCGCCCGAGUCAUCUUCUACCUCUCCGCGUCCAAUUGGCCUCUGGUCUUGUCACGCAUCAAGGCGCGGGUGGCUCACUUGACGACGACGCUGGAGGAGAACCCCGAACUCUUCGAGCUGCGGUUCCUCGAGUGGGCCAAUGUUGACGCUACACGUCUGGCUCAGGCAUUGCAAGAGAUCUCGACGCCGUUUCUGCACGUUAAGCGGCCAGCCCAGACGGCGCUUGCCUCCGCACUCCGCAAGGCGAUAUGGAACUGGAUCGACGUCUAUCCCGCCGAAUACCAAGCCCUCAUCGAAGGCACACGGAAGCUGGACGGCAAUCCAGACGUACUCUUCGACGUUCUCCUCUCCAUGUCGGAUUCGUCCUCCACCAACAAGCGCGCCAAGGUUUUCUACCCGCUUAUGGCGAUGCUCCUCGUCCUGUCGCCAGAUUCGUUGAAGCGGUUGGCAAUGGGCGACGUCUCCCGAGGAGGGUCAGCUUUCGCCAAGAAGCAUAGCUUCCUGGAUAGCUUGCGCAAGGGCCUCUCCCAAAGCAAGUCAUUCGAGGCUUGCGCCGUCUGCUACGUUGACCUCGUCCGCGCGGCCAUGUGCUGCAGUCCGCGAUUGGAGACGUCUGGUAUUCGCACCCUCGCGCCAGACCUGCAGAAUGACUUGAAGAAUGCACUCUUCUACUCGUCCCUGGCCACCGAGAUCACCGACAUCAACAUUAUUGUUGACGGCCUUGUGGCGUUGUACCGCUUCAACCCAACCGUGACUACUCAGGUGAUCUUCCCGAAGCUCUGGACCGACAACUCAGACAACAGCAAGAUCAUAGGUCUCCGCGCUUGCACUGCGCUGGUGAUGGAAGGCCAGCGCUUGCCUUGGCAUCCUGCGCUCAGCUCUCUGCGCCAGGAAGUCGCGCGCGCCAUCCGAGGCAUGCUACGGUCCACUGCUCCUAGCGUCAUCAACCACGGCAUCAACCGCCGCGGGCGGAGUAGCAUCGACCUUCCAUCAACACAGACAGAUGUCACUUGGGAGAUCCUCAACCUAAUGGCUCUGGACCCAUCAUUCGCGUACGAAGGUCUUGGCGACUCGCAGGACACGCUCGGCAACCUAUUGGGUGGUAUCUCCUCACUCACGGCCGUGUCCUGUCCGAUGACGAUCCGCGCACAGGCAGCGAAGACCAACCUCGUUCUUCUGGAUCGACUCGUCGAGCAGUGCCAGAGCGACCCUUCCAGAGCAAACCAGGCCAGCCAGUCGGCUCUCUUCAUCUGGCAGAUCCUCAUCGACUCGAGCCGGCGCUUCCUCGUCGAUUUCCAGCUCGGCGACAUUGACGACAUGGCCAUGAUGUGCGGCGCAUUCCGUUCGACUGUUCAUUCCAUGUUGAACGUCGUCACCUCGCUCCCAGAGCUCGCCAAAGCACCAGCAGCGCGACCGGCCGUACUUGUUGCCAAGGUCGCGACCGUUACAAGCUUGACAGGCCCCGACGUUGAACAGACCAACAUGGCGUCACCCGCGCUCAUGGCUCUAAGCAAACUGAUGCUCAUUGUUCGGUCAUCGGUCAGCAACAGCCAGGCCCAGAUGGACGAGAUAUCUAGCCAUGGCAAUAUGCUCGCUCAGCUAGGCAGCCUGCCCCCGGCCACAGGUCGCAAUCAGCAACAGCGUGCUAUCCGCCGCAUCAUGAAGACGCAUGUCCGAUCCUCCACCUUACUUGGCGGGGUCUGGAUCGGCCUCGCCGCUCGCCUGCGCAUUCUCACAAACAAGAUCCACUCUGCUGAGUCGGAUGCGCCUGAGAAGGACUACAGUCGGCGCCGUAACAUGGCUGCGGACAUCGAAGGCCUCACCGAGGACGAGUCCAAGGAGUGGCAGAACCUCGUCUCGUUCCUGUGCGCCACCAGUGGCGUCUGCACUCCCGACAUGGCCUCCAUUCCCAACGUCUCGGAAGUGGUGGGCAAGGGCGUCCUGCCGCGCGUGUACGAUGAUGCUACCGACCUCGCUACUCAGGUCGAGAGCUUCCUACGCGAGUGCGUCGAUUUCCUCGUCAGCAACUCGAUUUACGUCCGCGAAUCUAUCAAGGAUGCUCUCGGGAACGAGCUUCCCCUCAGUCUCUGUCGUGUCCUGGUUGUGCAGAUGACCAAGUUGCUAUCUCACUCGACUGGGCCCACGGGGGUGGCGACGUCGGAAGCGUUCACGACAUUCGUCGAUCAGGUUAUCGCUGUGAUCCGCCUGUGGGUGGAGCGCGUCAACCCGGACGAGAGUAGCGGCGUGCAAGUGGAUCUUGGAGAGUUGCUCUACCUCAUCGCCCAGUACACGCAUCGCUUAGGCCGCGAGGACGCUUCACAGCGCAUCAAGAUCAAGUUUUGCCAGCUUUUCGAGGCUGUCCUUGGCAAGCCUGAGUUUGUGGUCCUCUGCAACGCAACCAAACUCCGCAACGCAGUGCUCGAGUGGAUGUGUGAAUGGUCAAUCGAGACCCUCCGGGACGAGUUCCAUAUCGGCAUCCAGGACAAGGUGCAACGUGACCUUGACAUCUCGUGUCUCCGCGCCAUGAUCCCCAUCACCGACGGCCUUGUCAUCCGCUCAGCUGGAGACGACUCGGAGGACUCCCAAAACGUUGCCAAGGCACGCCUCUUCUACCGCUAUUAUGUGUUGCUCGUACGCGUGCUCGAGAGAUCCAACAGCCUCGAGUCUGAGUCAUCGCAUGUGGCUAGAUCAGUGUCCAACAUGAGUACUAAGGCUGGCGGCGGGGAGAGCUAUCCAGCACUCGCGAUUCUGGUUCUUUCCAACCUCCUCUCCGCCAAUGUCGACGUUGGUCUCAAGCACUGUCUAUCGCUGGCCUACCACGAGGACUCGACUAUUCGCACGGCGUUCAUGCAGCUUGUCUCGAACAUCUUGCAGCAGGGCACACGCUUCGGUGGCCUCGCUGUCAAGAACGCAGCCGCUCCCAAGGUCUACUUCGACGCUCUUGCGUCGCCCAACCUUGCUCUCGCUGUCGCCAUUUGCGAGGCGUGUUCACCAAACGAGCUCGACGAGAUCUCAUCCCUCCUGUUUCGUGUCUUCGAGUCCAAGGGAAACCUUCUCAACCUUAUGAAGGUCCUCAUUGAGCGCGACGUCGCUCUCACAAGUCACGAGUCCGAGCUGUUCCGCGCCAACUCGAUCAUGACGCGUCUCAUCACCACAUUUGCCAGGACGUAUGGCUACAACUAUGUCCGUAGCUGCCUCUCGCCCCUGGUUUUGUCGAUGGGCGAGAAACCCGCAGAGUGCUCGUUUGAGCUAGACCCGGCAAAAGGCGGUGCCGUUGAGGACAUCGACCGCAAUGCCGAGCACCUCCGGCUCAUGUGCCAGGCACUCCUCGACAUCAUCUACAACUCGAUCCCCAACCUCCCAGUCCUCUUCCGUGCCUUGUGCCAUCACAUCUGGGAGGUUGUCGAGGACCGUUUCCCGGACUCAAGGCAUUCCGCCAUUGGCUCGUUCAUUUUCCUGCGGUUCUUCUGCCCGUCAAUUGUUUCACCAGAGAGCAUCGACCUCGAUAUCCCGGCGGAGAGACGCGACACGCGCCGCGCCCUCGUCCUGAUAACAAAGGUUAUCCAGAACCUGGCCAACAACGUUCUGUUCGGGAGCAAGGAGGUGCACAUGAAGCUCCUCAACCAGUUCCUGUCGGACAACAUCCGCCAGGUGACGAAGUUCCUGUCUGAUGUCGCUCAGAGGCCACGCAGCUGGGAGGUGGCAGCCGCGACCAAGCUGUUCCAGGAGGAGACGGAGCGCUCAAUCGACGUCGAGGCCGACAAUGCUAUCAUCCAGAAGUUCAUCUACAAGCACUUCUCUCGUCUCGAGACCUUGCUCGAAGGUAUGCCCACGUCCUACCGGACACGCCAGGGAACAUCAUCGCGCUCAGUGCGGCUCGACCUCGACGGCAAGGGUGCCCUCGCCAACCUCCGCCGGAUCAUGGACGAGACUGGGCCGUUGCCUGAUCCGGUGCGGCUCAGCGUUAGCGCUCGUUCCCAGGUCUAUGACGACUUCAUGCGCCACAACGCGGGCCGCAACACCGACAGCGCAGCCUCCGCGUUCUAUGAGGGGCAGCCCAGCCAGGCCGGAAGGCGAAUCUUCUACCUCAUCCUGGCGCAUGUCGCGCUUGUCGACUACGACCUGCUCGCGUACCGGAUCUUCUCGCUCAUGGACAACGUGACCGACUACUUCGACGUCAUCGUCGACAUGACCGACUUCUCUCCUCAGAGCGAGAUCCCCAUACCAUGGCUGAGGCGAUCCUUGCAGAUGUGUCCACCGCGGAUCAUGCCGUUAAUCCACACCCUGGUGUUGUACAACCCCAACUCGUACGUCAAGAAACGCUUCCGUCAACUGCUCGCCGAGUUCCAGCCAUACGCACCGACGAUGAAGAACGUCAUCGCGGCGAGCUCGCCCGCGGAGAUCCACGACCUCAUCCCCGCCUUCAACGGCUACGAACUGCCGGAGCGGACCAAGGUCCUGGCAUAUAAUGCUGAGAACGUCUUCACGAGCCUGCAGUGUGUCUCGGACCAUGAGCAGCUAGUUCCUGUUGUCGUCAAGCUGUCGACGGAGAGCAUCCAGGUGGCGUCGUGGAGGAAACAGGACCUCACUCCGUCGGUCAAGUCGUACAUCAUCGACGUAAUCGACCUGGCAGACGUCAACGAGAUUACGAUGGGUAGACAGAACACCGACCAGUUAACACUCAAGUACUCGCAUAACAAGACUGUCACGUUCACAUCCCAGAGCGUGGAGCGUAACGAGCUCGCCCAGAUCAUCCGCGCCGCGGUCAGCCGGUUCAGGACAACGCCGUCUGACGAUCGCAUCCUGCGUCCAACCGACGUGCCCGGAACACUGCUCAACGUCGCGUUCCUCAACCUGUCGUCGAGCGACGAGACCCUUCGUCUCGGGGCUUACAAUCUCGUCCACGAGCUGUGCCAGUUCUUCAAGUACGACCUUGCGUCACAAGUCCUCAAGGUAUCAACAGGCCUCACUAUACCGAGUAACUCGCUGUCGUUUGUUUACAAGCUUAGCAAGGCGCUGGCCACGACUGCUCCCAAUCUCACCCUCGAGUUCCUGAAGGAGUGGACCGUCGGCUUUGCGAAGGCCGACACGCCCCAGAAGGCCGCCUGUCUGCACUACGUCGGGCCCUGGCUCAAGAACCUCGAGCUGUUCGCCAAGCCAUCACGUGACGACGGGGUCGAGAACGCCAAACAGGUUGCCGACGUCGUUAGAAGCCUCAUCGCCCUAACUGUCGCCGAGCGGAAGCGGCUCCAUCUCUCUAUCCAGGAGCACGUGUGGAGGGUGCUCGCCUCCUCACACGAAGCGCUCAUCGACCUCAUUGUCCGGGAACUGCUGCACCUCGCUGUUAACGCUGGUCCGGGAUCCGAGAAGGCCGAGGGCGCGGCCGACAUUCUCGUCUCGCUCAGUUCAACAGCUGUCCGUGGCAAGGUCGUCGCGCGCCUCCGCAAGAGCAUCGGACAGACGUGUGUCAAGCCAACUAACAUCCUCAGCGACAGCCCGUCAUGGAACGAGAUCUGCACGCUUGCGCGGAUCAACCUCGCCCUCGCGUUCAGCCCACCAAACGCCCUCGACACGCAACUGUUCUUGCCGGACCUCUUCCACACCAUCGUUCUCAUCUCGGGCAUCGGACCGGUCAUGAUGCGCCAAAUUGUGUAUGGCCUGGUAAUCAACAUCCUCCAGUCGUUGGCCACGAUUGCGGCCGCUGGGGAUAUGGACGCGACCACGCUCCAACACCUUCUCCAGCAGGCCCAGCAACCCGAGAUGAUCCACGCGUUUGGCUUGGUGCAGAACCAGGGAAGUCUUGAACUUGCCGGCGCCACACAUUGGGACCCAACCGGCCUAUCUCACCUCGACUCGCUCAACAAGGUGACUAACUUCCUCGGUGACGUCCUCACUGCGGGUGCUCCCUCGAUGGACUGCGCCAACGCCUGGCGUGCGCGCUGGAUGGGUCUUGUCGCUGCGACCUGCUUCCAGCACAACCCUGCGACGCAGCCCCAAGCAUUCAUCGCGCUCGGGUACCUCGCGCAGGACGACGUGGACGACGACGUGGUCUACCAGAUUGUCGUGGCCCUCAGUGGUGCCUUUGGCUCGUUCCAUGAGGACGACACUGUGCCAGUAGUCAGCAUGCUCCGCUGCUUAGCACGGGUCAUGGGUGGGUUACACUCCGACAGCAAGUACGCCAACGUCCUCUUCUGGAUCGCUGUCUCUGUCUUGCAGCUGUCGUACAUCCCGCUGUUCGGUCCGGCGCUCGAGCUGCUGCUCACGACCAUCCGUCAUUUGCGCUCAACCCAGUCCUCCAAGAACAUCUUUGGGGUGCUCAUGGAGGCACGCGCAGCCACGGGCGAGCAGGCUAACAAGCUUGACCAGAUGUGCGGUGUCAACUUUGACACGGACCCGUACUACUCGCUGGUAGCGAUCAUCAACAAGGGCGUGCGCCACCCCAACACACGGGCCCUUACGAUCGAGACGCUCACCGAGCUCCUCCGCCUAUCAUGCGCCGAGGAGACGAUCGAGGACCGUGACCGACUCCUACAGGGGCGGAGCGUGCCGUUCUUCACGGCACUGCUACCGCUAUCGGCCAGCAGCCCGGCGUCCGUACGGGAGCUCCUCCAGGUCGCCAAUGUCGUGUUAGAGAACGACAGAAUGCCAGACAUUGCCAACCUCGGCGUCUACGACCUGCUAUCGUUGCUGGACAACUCAAAGGUGCUCCUGUUCGUCACUCUCAUUGUCACGAUCCUCACCAACGUGAGCAGUGACGCAGAGAAGUUAGUGCUCUACCGUCUUCUGGCAGACGCCAGCAUGGACGCACCAGACGUGGUCGCGACAGCCUACGACACACUCAUCCCGCGCAUGACGGGCGUGCUCACCACGACGACGUCGACGGCAAUCCUGCAAAAUGUCACCCUAAUCUUUGAGCGCGCCAUGGCCGAUGCCACAUACACGUUCCCAACUGGCCAGGCAACCGACAGCAGUUCGUCGGUGCACAAGAAGAACUACUCGGCCAGCGUGAGCUCUGGCCAAACGAACAUUCCCGUCCGCCCGCGUGACCAGGUCCUUGAGGACCUCGGCAUGAAGGGCCUGACCGACAUGAGCUUUACAGGCGUCAAGCUCGACCGCCUUUCAAACAUGUCAAAGUACAUUGCGGCACUUAUCGACGCCUUCUCACAGUCGAUCUAA